GGUGGGGCCCAACCGUCAGUGAGGUGUACCCCGCGUGCCCGCACCCUUCUGUUAUAAGGAGUCGCCUCCCUCCAAACGCGGCUCCCCCUCCCUCCUCUUCCCGAUCAUUCCAUUCCGGCGUUCCCCAACCCUUCGACCGCACGAGGAAGAAAAAAAGUUGAAGCAUGGGGAAGAGAAAGUCAGCUGCUAAGCCACCUCCUAAGAAGCGGAUGGACAAGCUUGACACUGUCUUUUCCUGCCCAUUCUGCAAUCACGGGAACAGUGUUGAGUGCCGUAUUGACAUGAAGAAUUUGAUUGGCGAGGCUUCUUGCAGAAUCUGUCAGGAAAACUUCAGCACUACUGUUAAUGCACUCACUGAGCCUAUUGACAUAUAUAGUGAAUGGAUUGAUGAGUGUGAGCGUGUCAACACUGUUGAAGGUGAUGAUGAUGCGUGAGCAUUCCCCCAUGCUGAUGGAACGGUUACUUGCAACUGUAUUGUACCGGCAUUUUUGAAUGCCAUAGUCAGCCAUGGCUUGUAAUACGUUGUAAGGGAGAAUUGGCUGUCUGAUAUGCCAUUAGGCAGUAUCAGUUUAUCUGGCACUUAAUAAACUCUAAAAAAAUACAUGUAUGCCUAGUAGUGACUCUGCGUUUUUCUACGCAACUAGCGACUGCCUACAAUGAUGUAAACAGGUUUUCUGUGAGUAUGUUCUCAUGUUUUAAACCA